AAAGAAUAGAAAAAGUAGAGUUAAAUUCAUAUAUUCACACAAAAAUUUCAAGCAUUAGGAUAAGAGAAGAGGCUUUCAUUCCCUCUCUCAGUUUCAGUUUGGGGCCUCACUCUCUUCUCCAUUCUCUCUUCUUCCAUACCCAAAAUGCGUUUCCUCUUUCUGGUUCUCCUUCUUCAUUUCCAUUUCCCUGAAACCCUCUCUGCUCCAAUAUCAGAGUACAGAGCGCUUCUCUCUCUCCGUUCAGCCAUUACCGACGCCACCCCCUCAGUUCUCUCUUCCUGGAAUGCCUCAACCCCAUACUGUUCCUGGCUCGGCGUUACCUGCGACGCUCGCCGCCACGUAACCGGUCUCAACCUCACUGGACUCCACCUCUCCGGCACGCUUACCGACGACGUUGCUCAUCUCCCAUUCCUGUCCAACCUCUCCCUCGCCGACAACAAAUUCUCCGGCCCUAUCCCUCCGUCGCUUUCUUCCCUCUCCGCCCUCCGCUUCCUCAACCUCUCCAACAAUGUCUUCAACGGAACCUUCCCUUCCCAGCUUUCCCGCCUCAACAACCUCGAGCUCCUCGACCUCUACAACAACAACAUGACCGGAGCACUCCCUCUCGCCGUCGCGGAGAUGCCCAAUCUUCGCCAUUUGCACCUUGGAGGAAACUUCUUCUCCGGCCAGAUCCCGCCGGAGUAUGGACGGUUGCGGCGGCUCCAGUACCUGGCCCUCUCCGGCAACGAGCUCGACGGAACCAUUCCGCCGGAGAUCGGGAACUUAACCAGCCUACGGGAACUCUACAUCGGAUACUACAACACGUACACCGGCGGCAUUCCGCCGGAGAUCGGGAACUUGUCGGCGUUGGUGAGGCUGGACGCCGCGUACUGCGGGUUAUCCGGUGAGAUUCCGGCAGAGGUGGGGAAGCUUCAGAAAUUGGAUACUUUGUUUCUUCAGGUGAAUGCGCUCACGGGGUCACUGAAGCCGGAGCUGGGGAACCUGAAGAGCCUGAAGUCGAUGGAUUUGUCUAACAAUAUGCUCUCGGGUGAGAUUCCGGCGAGCUUCGGCGAGCUGAAGAACAUGACGCUUUUAAACCUGUUCAGAAACAAGCUUCACGGAGCUAUUCCUGACUUUCUAGGGGAUCUUCCGGCGUUGGAAGUGGUGCAACUGUGGGAGAACAACUUCACUGGGAACAUUCCCGAGGGUUUGGGAAAGAACGGGAAGCUCACUUUCGUCGAUGUUUCUUCGAACAAAUUGACUGGGACACUCCCACCUUACUUGUGUACUGGGAACCAUCUUGAGACUCUGAUAACUUUGGGGAAUUUUCUGUUCGGUCCAAUCCCUGAAUCGCUUGGGAACUGUCAAUCCUUGAACCGGAUUCGAAUGGGUGAUAACUUCCUCAAUGGGUCUAUUCCUAAGGGUCUUUUUGGACUUCCAAAACUCACUCAGGUUGAGCUUCAGGACAAUUAUCUCUCAGGAGAGUUUCCUGAGGCUGAUUCUGUUUCUGUUAAUCUUGGUCAGAUUACUCUCUCCAACAACAAUCUCUCUGGGCCUUUGCCUCCUUCCAUUGGAAAAUUCUCGAGCAUGCAGAAGCUUCUUCUUGAUGGAAACAUGUUCUCUGGUCAUAUUCCUCCUCAGAUUGGGAGCUUGCAACAGCUCUCAAAGAUUGAUUUUAGCCACAACAAGUUCUCGGGUCCCAUUGCGCCUGAGAUCAGUAAGUGCAAGCUCUUAACUUUCGUUGAUCUUAGCCGCAAUGAGCUUGCUGGGGAUAUCCCAAAUGAGAUAACUGGUAUGAGGAUACUGAAUUACUUGAAUCUUUCGAGGAAUCAUCUUGUGGGUAGCAUUCCUGCCUCCAUAGCCUCAAUGCAGAGUUUAACUUCUGUUGAUUUUUCGUAUAACAAUCUGUCUGGUUUGGUUCCGGGUACCGGUCAAUUCAGCUACUUCAACUACACGUCGUUCUUGGGAAACCCUGACCUGUGUGGCCCUUAUUUGGGUGCUUGCAAGGAUGGGGUUGCCAAUGGCUCACACCAAUCUCAUGUUAAAGGGCUCUCUUCUUCUUUGAAGCUGUUACUUGUUAUUGGGCUGCUUGCAUGCUCCAUAGCAUUUGCUGUUGCGGCAAUUUUCAAGGCUCGGUCACUGAAGAAGGCCAGUGAGGCUCGUGCAUGGAAAUUGACCGCGUUCCAGCGUUUGGAGUUUACUGUUGAUGAUGUUUUGGAUUGCUUGAAGGAGGAUAACAUAAUAGGGAAAGGAGGUGCUGGCAUUGUGUACAAAGGGACUAUGCCUAAUGGGGAUCAGGUUGCUGUGAAAAGACUUCCGGCUAUGAGUAGAGGCUCUUCCCAUGAUCAUGGAUUCAAUGCGGAAAUUCAGACUUUGGGGAGAAUCCGACAUAGGCACAUUGUUAGAUUGUUGGGGUUCUGUUCAAAUCACGAGACAAAUCUUUUGGUCUACGAGUACAUGCCCAAUGGAAGUUUAGGUGAGGUUCUUCAUGGAAAGAAAGGUGGUCAUUUGCUUUGGGACACGAGGUAUAAGAUUGCUGUGGAGGCUGCCAAGGGGCUUUGCUAUCUUCACCAUGAUUGUUCUCCACUUAUUGUUCAUCGAGAUGUCAAGUCCAACAACAUCCUUCUUGAUUCUAAUCACGAAGCCCAUGUUGCUGAUUUUGGGCUUGCCAAGUUCCUGCAAGAUUCCGGAACAUCUGAAUGCAUGUCUGCUAUUGCUGGUUCCUAUGGAUACAUAGCUCCAGAGUAUGCCUACACGUUGAAAGUUGAUGAGAAAAGCGACGUGUACAGCUUUGGUGUGGUUCUUUUAGAGCUUAUAACAGGCAGAAAACCAGUUGGAGAAUUUGGGGAUGGUGUGGACAUUGUGCAAUGGGUCAGGAAAAUGACAGACUCUAACAAGGAAGGAGUUCUAAAAGUUCUUGAUCCUAGACUUCCCUCACUUCCCCUUCAUGAGGUGAUGCAUGUUUUCUAUGUGGCCAUGCUGUGUGUUGAAGAACAGGCAGUAGAGAGACCAACUAUGCGUGAGGUUGUUCAAAUACUGACAGAACUUCCAAAGCCACCUGGUUCUAAACAGGGGGACCUAACAAUUACUGAAUCCUCUUUGUCAUCAUCAAACGCUUUAGAAUCUCCAACCUCAGCCUCUAAAGAUCAUCACAACACACCCCAAUCCCCACCACCCGAUCUUCUUAGCAUUUGAAGUGCUCUGUUGGGUGUGGAAUGGUUAAUCUUAUGCAGUUACUUCUUUUUUCCUGUCUCUCUUCUGGGGGCUGGGGUUUUUCUGACUUACGGUGUUAAUGUUUGAAUUCUUUUUAAUGGUUUUGUACAGUAGGAAUGGUGGGGGGGUUAUUUUCUUAUAAAGUCACUGUCUUCAUCAUGUGGUACUGCUUUUAAUUUUUAUGUUACUGGCUGUUGUUGUUCUGAGCCUACACUGAGGAGGGGUCAAGGGGAGCAAUGUAAACAUCAUGGGUUGUAUUAUUUGUUGAGGGGAUCAAUGACAGGUAGAGUGAAAGGGACACACAAUGACACAAACGGGUUGGGUAUGAAACAGCGGGUAUAUUGUAUGGUUUAUAACAUUAUUGAUGAAUCCUGAGUGGAUUGGCGCAGAAUUAGCCUGAGCUGAGUCUUAUCACUCGGGCUUGGAUUAGCUUAUUCCAAGAUGUUAACUUAUUUCGAGAAAAUUUCUGAGUGAAUCGGGCAUGCCGCGAGGCUUUUACAG